AAGAUUGGAGCAGACAGACUCACGUUGAGAAACCCUAAUCACCGCCAUUUCUCACAGAGAGAAGGGGAAGAGAGAGAGAGAGAGAAGAGAGAAGGAUGGGGAGUGAUAGCGAAGCCGAGAAGUCACAGAAGAAGGAGAAGAAGGUUAUAGCUCUCGCCCCCAUUGCCAAGCCUCUCGCGGGCAAGAAGCUCUGCAAACGAACCCUCAAGCUUGUCCGCAAAGCUGCCGAGCACAAAUGUUUGAAGAGGGGCGUGAAGGAGGUGGUCAAAAGCAUACGCCGUGGCAAUAAGGGGUUGUGUGUUAUUGCUGGGAACAUAUCUCCAAUUGAUGUCAUUACGCAUGUUCCAAUCUUGUGCGAAGAGGCCGAGAUUCCAUAUGUCUAUGUUCCUUCCAAAGAGGAUCUAGCAAGCGCAGGGGUGACGAAGAGACCAACAUGCUGCGUCCUGGUACUCACAAAGCCGACCAAGGGGGAAAUAGCCCAAGAAGAACAAGAAAAGCUCAAGUCCGAACAUAAUCAAGUUGCAGCUGAUAUUUCCGAACUUACAUCCUCUCUCUUCUGAAUAUCGAGAUGUUUGCUUUCAUUGCUGGCAGCUGAACUGCACCCCUUUUCUUUUUCAUUCCUCGCUUCGCAAAUUGGUGCAGUUUAUCUUAGCAGAUGUACUAUGAAUAUGCAAUGGUGCUAAAUUGACGCAGUUAUUUUAGCCAGUGUUAAUAUUA